AUGACAGACCAAAGUGGGAAAGAAUGGCAUGAUGAGUUGGAUUGGCUACCUUCAUUUGAUAUAUAUAAUAAAUUGGAAAGCGUAAAUGUAUCAGGUAUUAAAAGUGAUUGUGAUGAUUUAAAAAGUGUGAAUAAAGAUGUAGUACAGAUAUGCAAAAUGGUGGCAGAAAAUUUAAGGGAUUUAGAUAACUUAAGAUCUAAUGUACCUACAGAUCCUUGUUAUUAUAUGCAACACUGGACGUAUUAUAAAUUAAGAAAAUUAAUUUCUGUACAUCCCAAUUCAAUUAAUAAAGAAAGUAUUUAUGAUAAACUUAAAAAAAUAAUGGAUAAUAUUAAUAAAGAAGUAUUAAAAAGGCACCCCUGCAAAUACUAUUUUGAUGGUGAAUUCAGUGAAUGGAAAAUUGAGAAAGAUUUCCAUGAUUACUUUAGAAAUUAUGACAGUAUUAAAAACUGCAAUCCUGAAAAACAUGAUUGUGAAAAACUAUUGGAAUAUGUUACCCAUAUUACUAAUUUGUAUAGAGAGAAAGAAGAAGACUGUUGUUUUUAUGGAAUGUUGGAUCAAGAUUACUGCAGACCGUAUUUUAAAUGUGAACCCGAUUACAAUCCUCAUGAACUUCUAAGUAUAUUAAAAGACAAAAUUCAAGAAUCAAAUAAAGUAAAGGACACAGAAACGAAGGCUGAAAACAGUGUAAAGGAUAAUAUUAAUGUGGUUCCACAUUCAGACGGUAGCUUGUCGGAUGAAGCUAAUGAUGAAACCCUUCCUACAACAUCACGUGAUAUAUUAUUUGAGGAUACUACUUCUUACAGUGCAUUAGAAAAAUUAUAUGAUAUGUUUAAUUUAAAUUAUUUUCGUCCAUCUAUCGUAGUAGCAUCACUUCUUGGAACAUCCCUCUUUUUAUUUUUUUACUAUAAGUCUACUUCCCUUGGAUCAAGUGUAAAUAAGAAGGAAUUAAAGAAAGACAUAUUUAACUAUAAUUAUGAUGAAUACCAUGACAAAUUGUCGGAAUAUGAAGUAGAUUCACAAUUUUUAGGUCAUAAGAAUGAACGUAUAUAUUUGUCUUAUUCUGGUACAUAA